UCGCGCUCACGCGCGCAGACCUGAGAACCGAGGAAGCAGCGCGGAGGCCCGCGUCCCUGGCCGCCCACGCCCCUCAGCCCAGGGAGCACCUCGCGAGGUAAGGCGGACGCCUGGCUGGCUCCCGGAGCUCGCCCGCGCCCGCCCUCGCUCGGAACUCAGCCUCGUCACACCCGGGCCUCAGACGCCACGGAACUUCGCAGCCCGGGGUCGGUGACGAGGAGCCGAGCGAAAAAGCAGCGCCUAGGGUUUGCUUGUUUGUUUGUGUCUGUUACAGAUGCCUACUACUUGUAAUAGGCAGCCUGGUAAAACGAGUCUAUGGAAACGGUUGCUAGGGUCAGGUAACAGCCGCUUCCGGAAGUUGUCAGACGCUUUGCUAACAAUGGAGCUACUGGACCUAUGCGGCGCCUCUUCCGGUUUCGCCCUUUCUCGCCCACUCAUUUUUCGCAAGGUUGCCUUUGACCCCGGAAGUCAGAUCUUCCGGGUUCCUCCCUCCCCAAGAUGGCAGCAGCCGAAGACGAGUUACUGCUCCCUCGGCUCCCCGAGCUGUUCGAAACCAGCAAGCAGCUUCUGGACGAACUAGAAGUAACAACUGAACCCACCGGCUCCCGGAUUAUCCAAGAUAAGGUGAUCAAGGGACUAGACCUCCUGAAGAACGCUGCCGAAAUGUUAACGCAGCUCGACUUGUUCAGCCGAAAUGAAGAUUUGGAAGAGAUUGCUUCCACCGACCUGAAGUACUUGUUGGUGCCAGCAUUUCAAGGAGCUUUCGUCAUGAAACAAGUCAACCCCAGCAAGCGUCUAGAUCACUUGCAGAGGGCUCGAGAACACUUUUUAAACUACUUAACUCAGUGCCAAAACCAUCACGUGGCAGAGUUUGAGCUGCCCAAAACCAAGACCAACUCAGCUGAAAAUAACACUGCUAAUUCCUCCAUGGCCUAUCCUAGCCUCGUUGCUAUGGCAUCUCAAAGACAGGCUAAAAUAGAGAGAUACAAGCAGAAGAAGGAGAUGGAACAUAGGUUGUCAGCACUGAAAUCUGCUGUGGACAGCGGUCAAGCAGAUGAUGAAUGUGUUCGUGAAUAUUACCUUCUUCACCUUCGAAGGUGGAUUGGUAUCAGCUUAGAAGAGAUUGAGAGCAUUGACCAGGAGAUCAAGAUCCUGAGAGAAAGAGACUCUGCAAAGGAGGCAUCAACCUCUUUCUCAUCUCGUCAGGACAAGCCUCCGAUGAAACCCUUUGUUCUCACUCGGAACAAGGCCCAAGCCAAAGUAUUUGGAGCUGGUUAUCCAAGUCUGGCAUCUAUGACGGUGAAUGACUGGUAUGAUCAGCAUCGGAAAUUUGGAGCAUUACCAGAUCAGGGAAUAGCCAAAACAACAUCAGAGUUGAAGAAAGCAGCUCAACAACAGGAAGAUCAGGAACAAGAGGAGGAAGAGGAUGAUGACGCACUCCACCGAGCUCGGGAGUGGGAUGACUGGAAGGACACCCAUCCUAGGGGCUACGGCAACCGACAGAACAUGGGUUAAUCUCCCCGCAACAAGACAAGACUACAGGGGCGCUCAUCUUCCCCGCCAAUGAAAGCUGCGCCAACUUCCCCACCCCAGGCUCCUGCUUCAGCCCUGUACAAUGAAGGCAGAGACGCUCCAUCUUGCUUGCGUUCAAUAAAGUGUCAAACAAUUAAGUGUGUAUCUGUACCCUAGAUGACAAGCCAGCAAUCUGGUUUUGGCAUUAUCCUCCUCAUCAUGGUAUAUUCCAAUUUUCUGAAGUGGAAAGAAAAGAUUACUGAGAAAUGGCUCUGUAUAAUCAAUGGCUGUAUGAAUUCUCCCUCAAAAAUAAUAAUAAAAGUUCCUUCUAUCACAUGA